AUGCAUGUCCAUCUCCGUGAACCCGGCUUUGAGCAUAAAGAGACGAUUGCUACUGGCACGGCGGCAGCAGCAGCAGGUGGAUUCACAUCGGUUGCCUGUAUGGCAAACACGUCUCCUGUAAUAGACACGCCCGAAAAGAUUGAGCAGAUUUACGACAUCGCGCGAGAGACCGCGGAGACAAACGUAUUCCCUUUCGGAAGUAUCACCAAAAAUCUCGCGGGCGAUGAACUCACAGAUAUGCAGGGAAUGCGUUCUGCUGGCGCAGUUGGCUUCAGUGAUGAUGGCGUUACUGUCAUGAACGCCGCCCUUAUGCGCGACGCACUCGCCUUGAGCGCAGAACUCGGUUUUCCAAUCAUGGUUCACUGUGAAGAGCACAACCUCAACGCAGGAGCCGUCAUGAAUCUGGGAGAAACGUCCCGAAAAUUAGGACUUAUCGGAAGCCCAAACGCCGCGGAGGACAUAAUCGUCGCACGCGACAUCAUGUUAGCAGAGAUGACAGGCGGACACCUUCAUGUUCUCCAUGUCAGCACCGCAGGGGCAGUUGAGUUGGUACGCCAAGGAAAACACCGAGGGGUCCAUGUAACUGCCGAGGCAUGUCCACAUCACUGGAUCCUCACCGAUGCGGAAAUAGAAAAGCAAGGAACGAAUGCCAAGAUGCAUCCACCAUUGCGUACACAGACCGAUAUUGACGCAGUUAUUGAGGGUUUGCGCGAUGGCACAAUUGACGCAAUCGCGACUGACCACGCGCCGCACGCCCCACAAGAAAAGGCACAAGGCAUGCUUGAGGCACCGAAUGGAAUUAUCGGUUUGGAGACCUGUGUGCCACUUGUGUUUACGUUUCUCGUCGAACCAGGGCACCUUACAGCAGCGGAGGCAAUUGCGAAAAUGACCUCUAUUCCAGCAAAUAUACUCGGUAUCAAUCGUGGAACACUUUCUAUUGGUGCAGCCGGAGACUGUGACAGCAAUUAA